CUUAUGUGAUAAUACUAUAAUGUCUCUUCUUCAAGUAUGCUUGUAGUUUACUCAGACAACGAGUGAAGCAAAUAAUAAUUAGCUCGGACACUCCAGAGGCCAAAUCGUUGAAGAAAGCGGAGGACAAAAGCAAUUUUUACCAAAGAAGUCAUUCUUAGUACUGGAAAUGGUCAACUUCUUGAAUUGGUUAUGGAUGAGAAGGAUAAGAAGAAAUGGAAACAGCUAGCAUAAUUAAUGUGACUAGAUAUUAUGUGAUGGCUGUUACUCCUACUCAACUAUAUUCUUUUAUUGGCUUUGGGUCACUAGAAAUAAUUUGGCUACUUUUGGAAGAUGAAUCUUAUUUGGAGAAUAGCAAUUCAGAGUCCUAAUCAACCAUUCAGGAGUUUCGUGCUUUUCUCAGUGACAACAAGGAUGAACUGGAUGAAGCCACCACGAUGAAGCCUUUAGAAAGUUAUGGAAGGGUUGACGAGUUGGUAUACUUUGCUAGCUUAAAAGGUCAUUAUGAGAUUGCAGUUCACCAUUACAUUCAGUACAAGUUUCCUCCAAACCUUAUCGCCCUUGAUGCAUAUGAAACUGUGAAGUCAUGGAUGGCUAUGAAGAUUCCUGCAAUGAUGCGUUAUUCAAGUGAAACUCAUGCAAAGAAUGAGACACAUGAGGUCAUCAAAUAUCUUGAAUAUUGUGUUCAUAGAUUGCAUAAUGAAGAUUCUGGAGUUCAUAACCUACUGCUUUCCUUAUAUGCAAAGCAGGUUGAGUGGUUUGCUUCUUGUAUAUAUAUAUACCCUUAAUGUUGGGUAGAGUCAUUUUGAUGUGAAUAAUGAUAAUGAUGAUAGUGCAGCAUUAGA